CCCAGGAGUUUAUACGUAGAAAAAGUAAAGUGUUAGGAGAUCAUAUCAAAUGUUACACUAUACUGAGACGGGAGUAAUUUGUAAUUUAUACAGUGAGCGUAAAUAACACUCGUGUUCUACAAUUUGUGCGAUAAAUUCUGCUUGGAAUAUUUAAUCUGUCUUUCUGCCGUGAAGUAAACAGUGCAAUAUUUUCUCAGUGAUUAUACGACAGAAGGGCAUAUAUUUUUGUUUAUUUUAUUUGCAUAUUGUAAAUUUCAUAGAAAAGAAUUCGGAUAGAAUGUAAGACAUGCAGUCAAAGAAAGAAGACAAAAAUGCCAGCGAAGCGUUGAAAAUGGGGAAAUGCCCGCUGUUGCCGGCAAUAACCGGCAACAAGCGGGAUAGUGGUUAUGGGACAGAUGUUAACUCCCCAGCUUCCCAAUCAUCGGGUACCUCUCUACCCAGAAAAUUUACAUUUGGAAGUUAUGACACGGAUGUUGAUAUAGCUGAGACAUUAGAGGAAAUGGACUUAAAUGAAAAUGAAGAUGUGUUUAUAAAAUGUGAUGAGGCAAAUGAAGCUAUUGGUCAGAAUGGUGAUGAUGACAACGAUAAAGAGGUUGAAGAACUAUUUAAUGAAAGUGUUGAAAUAGACCAUUCCGUCUCAGAGCCAAUAGCUAUACAAAGACCGCAAGCGCCUAUUCCAACUCCAGAAGAAAAAGAAGGGGAUAGAAAUAACCUUGAAUGGAUCCCAUUAGAUCAAACCGAGGACUCUACAGUUUCUAAACCAUUCUAUGUUAAUUCUUGGACGAGGCAAGACCGACAACGUAGAAGGUUCCGUCCAAUUGCAAGCCGAAGCUGUGGUACUCAGACUCCGAGUCCUAAAGCUCAGGAAUUUGGACACGUUGGACACCCGUGUCGUACGUUGCGGCCGAAUGCGAAAGGUAAAGGGUUGCCUCGUCUGAAGUUGAGGUCGGAGUCGGAGUGUUCAGAGGUGGAGGGAUACUCGCCUUUACCGGAUCUGAUCCAACAAACACGUGAUCGGUCUGUUUCCCUACCAUCCGUCCCUUCCUUCCGGCAGAUGCAGGAGCAAGAAGUUGGAAGAGAGUUGAGAAGAAUCUCCGACGAGUUCAAUUCUUCUUUUACCCCGUUUAGACGGGGAGAAGCAAUACCCGAGCACCCAUCGUCCUUUCCAAGGCGAGUUAACAUCGACAUACAUGCUUGUUGGAGCAGGCUACGGCGUAUCGUUUCUAGUAGCUCCUUAGAACAAGACCAAGAUGAACCACCGCAAUUUGACCCGACAUCUUUUAACUAGAUAUGAGGAAAUUUUUAGAAACAAAUGCAAAUACUGUCUCGGGGUGUAGCAACAGCGUACAUAGAAGGAUGCGACUGAAGCCUACGACAAAUUAAUGUCCUUUUAUUAGGGAUAGCUUGUGUGUGUUGCAUACCAUCUUCAGUUUACGUACAACUGAAGUGUUGGCCAUGAAGUUAUAGACAGAAUUGCAGGGGUAAUUGACUUAGACUAUGAUAUAGCCUAUGGGUAAUUGGACAUAAAAUUGAAAUGAAAUGCGAAGAUGAUUUAACUGCUAUAUAGUAUGGACUAGUCGCAUUGGACAAGUGUCUAAUCAUGCAUAUUACAUUAGUUUCUGCUCAGUAGAAUCAGUUAGAAAUCUUUUCCCAUUCUUUGCUCAGUAUUUUUACACAUUUCAGGCAGUAAAGACAAUAAUUUUACUUACUUUUUUCACAGGAUGAUCUCAAUUUCACAACAUUCUUUUCAAAGGUUUUAUGCAUGCUUUUACAAACAUUACGCCUUACAACGCAUAUACACUUUGUGUCUUUGUAUAUAUACUAGUAUAUAUAUUUAUGCAAUGGUAAAAUGACGGGGAGAACCAAGUUCUCUGUAUUGGAAAAGUCAUGCACCAGUGGUGAAGUUUUUAUAUGACUCCUUACAUAUGACCGGUUCACACGUUUACUGAGAUUAUAACCAAAUAAUUAAAAAUGUUUAAUGCGAACAUUUAAGAUGUAAUGUAAUAACACACUUACUGAAAUGCCAAUCGGUUAAUUGUCAAGGCCAUUAAUUAAGUGUAUGAUAUUUACCGAGCCAUAUGUUCCUUGUGAUUAUGUGAGUUUGCAACUUUCAUUGGUUUAUAUCUUGUCACAGACUGUAAAAUUUGUAUAGGUCCAGUUUGUAUAUUUAUUUUUUAUAAUGAAAAACAGAUUAAUACAGUUGAAUGCCUUAAUCAAAUUAGCAUGUUUGUAUAUAUUCGCAUUUACUGAAGAAUGAAAAAACUGAUUCACAUGCAACAUAGUUGCACGUAGUUCACGUCAGGUAAACUUGGUGCAAAAUGAAAUUUUCAUACUGAAGUGCUAUGUUUUGUUAGUGUUCAAGGUGCUUAUUUUUCUUGAAAUUAUGCACUUUUCCCCCCAUGACAUGUAACAUAUUUGCAUUUUUUGACUUACAUUAUGUUUGUUCAUAUGGUGUUAAAAUUGGCUUGAAGGUUUUUGUAUAAAAAGUAUUUCCGGGCAGUUUUGGUGCAAUAUAAAUUUGAUCUCCACUUUUGUUUUACUUUAUUGUUAAAAUUGAAAUUGGAUAAUUAGAUAUGCAAAUAGAAAUGUAGUUUGUAUUUGAAUAUAUAUCUUGCGCUUGUUUGUAAGUCGCUACUUUUUAAAUCACACAAAUAAAACAUAUUUUAGUUUAUAUAUCACCUAAUGAAUUUUAACACUUCUUCACCUCAGCACAAAAUAAUUGUUACUGCAUAUGAAUAAAAUCCAAAGAAGUAAAGUCAGUACUGAAGCACUGUGGCAAGAUUUUUUAUUUAUUUUCAACAAAAUAGAGUUUAGAUAGAAGUUCAAGAAGUAAGCUGUUUCUUUUUUUAUUUCACCAAAAUGGAGUUUAGGUAGAAACAAUCUGUUUUUAAUUUCACCAAAAUGGAGUUUAGGUAGAAUUUCACUCAAUAGGAAUUUAUGUAGGAUUUUAAUAGAAUGGAGUUUAGGUAGAAUUUCACUCAAUAGGAAUUUAUGUAGGAUUUUAAUAGAAUGGAGUUUAGGUAAAAUUUCACCAAAAUGGAGUUUAGGUAGAAGCGCAAGUAUGGAGAUAUAUUUGUUAUUUUAACCAAACUGCAUCACAUGAUGAUACAAGAUAUUGAGGUGGAGUGGGUAAAUGGAUUUUGUUUUGUUUUUGAAUAAGCAUGACAUUGUGUACAUCAUCAUUUUCUUUCAUGUUUGUUUGUUUUAUCAUUCAUUUUUGUUUCAUGACAGUACUAUUGAUCUCAAAGAUAAUGGUUGGUGUGAUAAGAAUGUAUGUUUUGUUAAACAAGGAAGAAUUUGUAAUUGUUAGAUAUAAGUUUUGUUUUCUUUAAGAAAAAGAUAUAUUUGUGAAAAAAGGUUGAUAUGUUCUUCUUUUACGCCUUAGCCGCUGUAUAUUUUGCAAUGCUCGAGCUUGUUGGUGUUAUCAUCAUUAACAAAGAUUGUUUCAAAACUCGAAAUUAAUUCUUCCUUGUUUUGCGAUGUAGUCUGUGCAUUUUUCGACUUAAGCGGUCCAUAUACAGUAGAUGUACAGUUGAAACGAUAACUCGAACAACUUGAAGUCAAAUUUGGAUUUUGGACUUGAAUAAAAAAUUAAGUCAAACUUGAAACAUACCCGAGCGUUUUUUAGCUGUAUUGUUUUACAUUUUUCCUUCUACAGACACGGGGGAUAAAUGGGUCUGCUUCUCUGCACAACCUUGAAUCACAAAAAGACAGUUUAAUAUCCCAAUUAAAGAUUACUAGAACAGAGUGCAAAGCUGUAAAAUGGACAGACUAUCAGAUUACCUCAGGGAUGUACAAAAUUGCUUUCUAAAUUACUGUCACAAUGUAGUAUUUAACAUGAAGGGUUUUUUUUCUUGAAAAGUUUGUUUUUACUUGAAUUCCAAUUUUAAAGUUUCUAAGACGCGUCUUUCUUGUUAUUUUGGGCAUUAAAUUCUAUUGUAAAAAUAAAUAUAAAAUAUCUUGGAAAAAAAAUUGUUCAAAACUAUUCGGGUAAUGUACAUUUGAUUGCAAGACCAGAUCUUAUAAUGCAUAUUGUUCCAUGAAAGUUUUAUCUUUGAAAGUUUAUUUGGACGACCAUUCGAAGUACGUUUGCUUCUAACAUGAAUUAUGAUGCUAAUUUUAGAAAAUGUAAUGAUUAUAAAAACUUAGAGGAAGUGCUAUAAAACAUUCAAUGAACGAGUUUUAGAUUUUGCAAUGCAUUUGAAAAACAUCAAACAUUUAAUGCUACAGACAUUCUUACUAUGUAAUGAACUGUUUUUUUUAAAUCAUGAAUGGAAGGUUAAAUUUGUCUAUAUGUAAUUUCCAAUGGUCGUUCAAUUUGGUUGUCAGGAAGACGAGAUUUUUUCAGCCAUCUCAAUAAAACUUUAAAAUAUG